AACAUACCUUGUAAGCUGGGGCUUUUGAAUUAUAGUUCGUUUCCAUCCAAUCGACCCAUCAUUGAUGCCAAAGCAUUAGUGGAUAAUCAGGUUAUUGUUGCUUUUGAAAAUGGUGAUAUUUCUAUUCUCCUAUUCAAAGAGAGAUCAAUUACUACUCAACCAAAUGAUUAUCCUAAGAAUUGUUGUAAGUGCGUUGAUAUUCCGAACAGCAAAUACUUGGUUGGCCUAUGUCGUGAUGGCCAAGUUUUGUUAAUGGAUAAAUAUAAGUUUACGACUGUUCUGAAAUACCCGCUAAUUACACCAUCCGAUGCAAUAAAAGAUGUAUGCUACUUUCCAACUGAAGAAGGCGGUCAUUUUUUAGCUUUGAUAGAAAGCAAAACCCAGGUUCAUAUUUUCAAGAUCAUAAAUGAUCAGAUCUCAUUAUUAAAGAAGAUUGAAUUAGAGAAUAUUCCCACCACCGAGCUCUGUUAUAUCAAUCUAUUUGAGAAAUCACCAUCACGUUUCAUAAGUGCUGGAAACAAUCAAGCUUUUGGAUUUCACAUGGAUCCAUAUACACCCGAAGAGAAAUAUUUGCAUUUCAUAUGCGCUGGGAGGAAUCAAGUUUUUGGAUUCCAUGUUGAUCCACAUACAUUUGAAGCAAAAUUUUUGCCAGAGGAUGCGAAUCUUAAAGUUCCCCAUGCUCUUGUUGCAAACACAGAAAUGGGCCUGAAAUGUUAUGUAGGUGAUAUCUUAGAUGGAGUAUUGGAAGUGAAGAGAGGGUUUAGCGAGAUAUCUCUUGAGAAAGUUCAGCUGGAAUUUAAUCAUCAUUAUUUAUCAACCAUGGAUUCUGUCAGAUUGGACCAAGUCGAGUACUUAGUUAGUGGUGAUGCGUUGGGAAAUAUUUCCAUUUUAAUGUCAAAUUCUAGAAUUUCUAAUAAAGUAGUAGCUGCAUUUAAUAUUGGCGAUUCCAUCAGCGUUAUCAAGGCUAUACCAGGCAACAAACAAAAUCUCGUUUUAAAGAUGAUAGUUAUUGGAACUAGUCUGGGAGGAUUAUACUUAUUGAGUAGUUUGAACAAUCUAAGUGGGAUUAAAGAGGAAGAUUUAAAACGCUGUCAAAAUAAUAUGCAAACAGUAGCUUAUGCAGAUUCCGUGCCAACACUAGACUGGAAAUAUAUAUCUGAACAUAUCGACAAUAGAAGGUCUGGUUUACAUUCCAUGCUACUUGAUGCCAGACUUAUUAACAACUAUUUAGAAUGGACAGAAGAUACGGAUCGCCCUAUUUACAAGAAGGCUCACUUAAACACCACCCCCUCAGUCAAAACCAAUGAUAUUUGUGGUUUCUUGGAGUUGAUACUUCUGGAAAGUAGUAGAUUGUAAAGUAUUCAUAAAUAUAAAUAAUUGUUGCAU